CGCUCCCAUUAAUUAAUGUCAAGGUCAUACGCAAAAUCUGAUACUCUUAAAGCAGUCCCUGCGCUUAUUUGAACAGCACUACGCGGAGACGUGUGGAGGAUUGAAAGCAGUACCUGACAUUCCUCAAGUCAGAAUUCCACAGACUGGUCAGGGUGUUGCUUUGGCCCUUUGCCCCUUGCUGAUGAAAACCACUGUACCCACUGUAUACGCGGUCCAGACGCAAAGAUAUGAACCUCUUCUUCUGCCGAGUAUUGAACUCCACCCGCGGAUCUAUCGCUACAGCGAGUGAACUACUUCAACUCUUUCAGAAAUUUAAUGUCUGCUUCAUUCUGAUUAAGAUCAUUUUAUAACAUCUAAUUACAUGGUGAGGUCCAAGCGCUCCUCUGGGUAACUAUUCGCUUAUCUAUUUCACGUUCACUAGACGCGUCUGCACAACAAUAACACGAGCACGGAAGCACUGGGCACGCCUGUCAGUCCGGUCGAGUCAUCGGCAGGCACCAGGAUUUUAUGAUGCAACUCAGAACGAACUUUGCCUUCCCACACGUCCCUCCUCAACCCGUACUCCAGACCGCUGCAGCAAACGCAAGCACAAGGAGCAGCGAUAUGUCGUAAAAGUUUCAACUCGGUCUCCCCUCUUCGAGCCUCCUUGUCUCUGUUGCCAGCAGUUCUCAUCGGUGAACCGCGCGCCGCAAAACGGGCGGCGCAGUCAUGUAUUACGAAGUGAGGAGUGCUGAUUGUGGAAGCGUUCGCGUUCGGUAGUGUAUGUAAUACUUCACAGCGGUUACCUUAGUAUGGCCUAGCUCACGUGCAUAGGUACCAGCAUUGUUUGGAUUCAUAAGUGGGGCUCAUUGCUGCAGGAUCAGUGACACGUGUCUAGAUGGAGAAAGAAGGCACUCUACUGCCUCCAAGGACUUCAGGGGCCACCGGCAACAGUCUAAGAGCCAAGGCCAGCAGUUCUGGAACCACAGAGACCAGUACACACACACCAAACUCUUACCCAACUUGUUCCAGGUGUCGCAAUCAUUGGUUAAAAAUUCGUGUGAAAGGACACAAGCGUUUCUGUAAGUACCGAGACUGUACGUGUGAGAAAUGCUCUCUUGUAGCAGAGGGCCAGAAAAUAUCUGCGCUCCGGAUGGCGGUGUGGCGUGCGCAGGUACAGGAUGAGGGCCACGUUGCCAAACAAGUCAAUCAGUAUCCGAAGGAGAGCAUAUCUGUCACUCGCAGAGCCUCAUCUGCCUUGGAUUCCGGCUUAAAAGCGAGGACUGGGAACUUACAGAGCACCACCCCAGUCACCCCUGAGACGGAUUCCCAUUCAAUGGAGGGCAGUAAUUACUCCUUGUCUGCCGGUGGCAGAACUACGUUCACCACGCCAUCCGCCCCUAUGACGUGUUCCCGCUCAUUUGGCGAGAGUAGCGACUCACUGCGUUCUUCAGAAAGUUUCACCGUAACACAGGCUACUGCCUUACUCGCCCCAGCCGCCCCCGCAACGAAUUCCCUGGCAACAGAGGGAACUGGCUACACACCGUCUACUGGAGGCAGAACACUCUCAGUGGAGGGGUGUUGCAAAGCACUGUAUUCUUCACGUUCUCCACUCACUGACACCUGCGGCAGAACACUGCCCAUCGCCCCAUUCCCAUCCGCCGCCCCAUGGGUGUAUUCCACCCAAACGGAGCAUAGCUCCUAUUCUCUGUCCACUGGUGACAGAAUGCUACCCACUGCCCCGUUCGCCCCUGCCGUCCCUUGGAUGGAUUCCAGCCUGAUUGAUUGGAGCUGCUUCGCUGAGUCCACAGCCGGUAGAUCACUGCCCACCGCGCCAAGUGCCGACACUAACCCUUCGCAGUUGCCACAAUGGUGCGGUCAGGAGUUCCAAAACCGUGGGUCGAUGACUAAUGUUUCCUAUGAGAUGUUAUUAAAUCAAUACUAUCUGAACUUGCGCUGUUUAAUCAAACCUCAUUGAAUACAUCACACUGCAAUCGGUUAAUUUUUCGUUGUUGUUACGUUACCAGAAAAUCGUUUUAAAUGUCCAAAAUAUGUUACUCUUUGCAUCUCAGAUUUCUUUUAUAUUGUUCCGUGAAUCUGACGAUUCAUUAACAGGAAAAAAUGAUCACUAAGCCGAUGCUGUGAAUUGGAAGAUUAAUAGAUUACUUUUGCUUUCUCAUUCAGCUUCAAAAGAUAUUCCGACAAGUGACUACCACGGGCCAAAAUGUCUUGAAAUUUCAAAGUAUUUUGCACUGAAUUUAAAAUCUGAAUUAGAAACGUUACAGCGUAUUUCAUAUGCAUUAAUCCAAGUGCCGUGGGUUUGUGACAUCUUAAGUUUCAUACGAAGUACAUCGCGAAAGAAACUACAAAUGCUACGUCAUGUGGUUUUGUGUCCAAUUCAGCAAGUGCAAUAUAAAAUGACUAUACGGCACACGAAGUGCUGGACAGUGUGAAGUUAUGUUUAUGUAUGAGAUCUUAGGUUCUCACGGGUAUUAAAAUGACGUUAUUCUAAGAUGUGACUGCUAGUUUGGUAGUCUGUGAGGUUGUGUUCAAAUGCCCUAUGUCCAGAAUCAUACCAGUAAUAAAAUAACAUUUGAAGUUUCACCAAAAUUUUGUUCCACUGUUAUGACAAUGAAGAUGACUAUUUCCAUGUAUAGUUGUUACGUGAUAUUACUAAGUUAAUAGUUUCUAGUGGUCAUGCUUGGUUUAGCUCUGAAUGUCGUAUCUCCUUUGAGAUAGCUUGACAUUUGCCCUGUUCUCAAAUAACAUACAUACUGAAGAAAUAUUUCUGACUUUGGCUCUUCCGAUAUUAGUGAACACGCUCAAAACAAUGCUUGUGACCUGUGUGUUAUUUGCAAAACUGUGAA